AUGGAAAGGCAUCACAGCAGGAGAAGGACAGAGGUGGAGAACAAUCCACGAGAAACUGAUGAAGAGAGAAUAAACUCUGUCUCAGUUCCUCAGGACUUGCUGGUCGAGAUCUUAUUGAGAUUGCCUUUGAAAUCCUUAGUGAGAUUCGUUCGCGUAUCAAAGUCUUUUGCAACAGCCAUACGCAGUCGAGAUUUCUUCAGAUUGUACUCGCUUCCAUCUCCGGAGCACAAGCAACGUGUCCUCUUAGCUUUCAGUGAAUUAGAUAAAGAAAAAGGAUGCGAGAAUUGGUUAUUCUUCUACUCAUCACCAUCAUCAUCAUCGUCGCCGGUAUUUCUAUUUCGCAAGUCUUUCAGCGCCCCGGACCUUCGUUACAAUAGACCUGAUUACGUCCAAGGGUUGAUAAGUUUUGUCUAUGGUGAAGAACAAAUCAUAGUUAACCCGAGCAUUGGUAAAUCCAUAACCCUACCUUUGGUCAAGUCCAGAGAAAACGUACUGAGAAGGUUUUUGGGGUAUGAUCCUGUUGACGCACAAUACAAAGUAGUGUGCAUGAUCGAGCCAAUGUUCGGUACAGGUACGAGAGUUUCACCUAAUCAUUGCCAAGUGAUGACACUGGGAUUGGGGUCUCAUGAUGAAAACUCAUGGAGAGAUAUCGAGUGUAGCAUCUCUCACCAUCCUCGAUCUAACGGUCUUUGUAUCAACGGGGUUUUGUAUUAUUUUGCUUACGUGGGCACGAGCGUGACGAGACCUAGCUGUUAG